UUGGACGGACUUCUUCUUUUGAGUUAACUAUUUUGUACUGGCCACUUUCUAAACCCACUAAGUUUUUCUGAGUAUAUUCUCUGCAUCCAUAGGAUACAGGAAGUAUAUUUUGGGGAAAAAUAUAAAAUCCUCAUAGUUCUCUCAACCACUAGACAGCAAGGAUAUUAAUACACAAUGAUGGUAGAAGAACCUCAAAGUAGACGAGACCGACAUCCCAAGCUAAUUCCUUGGACCAUUGCUGUUGUUUUCAUCUCACUUCUCAGCGCUUGUUUUAUCACAAGUUGUUUGGUGACUCAUCGCAACUUUCUACGCUGUGAAAGAGGCACCAGAGGACUCAAGUACCAUAGCAAGCUGACUUGCAACAAAGAAAAUUCAAAACUGAAAGGGAGCACCUGGAAUUGCUGUCCUGUUGAUUGGAGAGCCUUCCAGUCCAACUGCUAUAUUAUUCUUAACGACAAAAAGACCUGGGAUGAGAGUGUGAAGAACUGUACAGGGAUGGGGGCCAACCUGGUGACCAUCAGCACAGAGGCUGAGCAGAACUUUAUUAUUCAGUCUUUGGAUACACAGUUUUCCUAUUUCCUGGGACUUACAAAUCAGAACACAGAAGGCCAGUGGCAGUGGGUGGACAGGACGCCAUUUAACCCACACUUGGUAUUCUGGCAUAAAGGUGAACCCCGCAACCAUCAGGAAGAACACUGUGUUGUCAUUGUUCAGGAGAAAGAUAAAUGGGGCUGGAAUGGUUUUCCUUGUCAGUUUCAGACAAGUAGGAUUUGUAAGAAACCUGGAAGAGUAUUCAAGUAGAAACCUCUGAACUGGCCCAUGUGAUGGGGCCAGAAAAGAGGAACCCAUUAGACUAGGGCAGGAUGCGCAUCCGCCACUGGAAUAGAAAACACAUGCUGGGUCAUAAAGCAUUUUUGGUCAUGA